GCCAAAUUGGGAUACAUGGAAAGGGCGCUUAGCGGACCAACAUCGGUGGAUUUCAGUGGACGUGUGCAGUGGCCUUCAAAAAGUAGUAUAUUGGAGACGCCAGAGCGCAAACGAUUUCGGCACUCGGAAAGUUUUGCGGAUUCUGGCUUAGGAUCAUCAUUAUUUGGCUCGCCUCCGUGUAAAUUGAUCACUGUAGCAGCCAAUGCUCAGACCUUAAAGACACCGCCGCGCUGGAUUUCACCCACUACGGAUUCAUCAGAAUCGAACUGCUCACCUAUCAGGUAA